GGAUCAACAAUACCGCGCGAUGUCUUCUGUGGGCCCCACGAAUUGAGGAAGGCUGGGACAACCUUGGCCUUCAUUUACUGCACAUUCUUCACAAAAGCUAUUGCGGCAUCACUCCGGAAGAGCCAACAGGCAACAGCUGCAGACAGCAGCUGCUGCAGUGGGCUAGCAGCUGCUGGAGCCGAGCGGCUGGAGCUGCAGCCGCAGCCGCAGCCGCAGAACCUCGCACGCCCUGUGCUGUUGAGCUAAACGAGGCAGGGAUCCAGUUCAAAAUAAGCAACACUGAAAGUAUCCAUGACGUUGACUUUGAUAAUGGUGUGCUCAGCAUGCCGGUGUUCGAGUUCCACGAUCAAACGGAGGUGGAGCUCCUCAACCUGAUGGCAUUUGAGUGGCUACAUCCCGACCCCAAAUCUGACGUGAGGUCCUACAUAUCCUUCGUGGACAAAAUUACGGAGUCAGAAAGAGAUGUGGCACUUCUGAGAUCCAAAGGGAUCUUCGUAAACAUGAUAGGCAGAGACAAGGCGGUGGUGGAGAUGUUCAACACCCUCACCAAGUUAGCAAGGACGCCAGACGAAGGCAGCAGGCUAUACCGCGUGCUAUCGAAGGUGAACGCCCACUGUAAGAAGCGCCGGAACAAGUGGCGCGCCAUGUUCAUGAACAACUAUCUGAGCAACCCCUGGGUAUUCAUCUCCCUCGUGGCCGCCGUCAUCCUGCUCAUUGCCACCAUCAUGCAGACCAUCUACACCGUCGUGCCGUUCUACACCAGAAAGGACUAGCAGGAUCAGAAUUCUGUGGCAACAUGUGGCUCUAGUGCUCUGCUUAUACUAUCUCAGUACAUGUGGACAACUAUUAUUGUUUUCUCUCCAUUAUUAUUGUGUGCAAUGUGGCUUUCUAUGGUAGUGAUAUCUGCCUUUCUAUAUUUGGGUUGUACGUGUGGACCAUUAUUAUUUCUCUCCAUUAACGUUGUUGUACCAUUUAUUUGGAGUGAGAUUGUGUUACUGU